ACUAACUAUCAAUUCUACUCCAUUAUACUUUUGUGUAAGCUUGUAAUUGGGAACGGAUUGCCUGCCGAGUUGAUACAGCAGUAGACUUGACAUCACUGGGCGGAAGAGACGACUAUUAUAUAAUGCAGCUUAUGAAGCUGUUCUUGCGGUCAAAGCUUUUCCUGCGUCACGACCAAGCGCUUCCGGCGGCGUGUCUACUACUAGAUGCCGACGAUGGAAAGGAAUUUUGCCCACACUCGCUGUGUGAAUCAGUGACUGGCAAUAAUACUACGCUAGGAUCCAUCGUCGUGCCGUAUGUAUCAGAGUCGGCGUUGGUAUUGCUCAGAAGGGCACACCGCCACGGCGCCCGAACCACUGUGCAGACAGCGCUAGAUGUAGGAUGGCUCUGUGGUGCUAGGAGCUGUGCUGGAUUGAUGUAGCGGUCAUGGUGGCAGUGUUACUGUCAGCAAAUACAUUAGGGUUGCACUAGUGCGUGGCGCCGCCACCUUGGGCGUGAUGGUCGCACGGGCUGCAGGGGCUCCCCUGGUUGGAGGCGCUAGAGCCUCCGUGCAGCCAUGUCAGGGACAGGCACAUACGUGCAUGUGCAUGUAACGCGCAUCAGAG